AUUUCUUCAGCCCAUGUUCUAAUUCCACCCACCACUAUCUUCUCAAUCCCCUCUCUUCAACGGUUUUGCGUUUAAACCCUACUGCAACCAUCUCUUUCUCUUCUUCUUUUCUCCUCUUCCUUCUUCUUCUCUCUCUCUUUGCCUCCGUUCAGGAAUUCAUCUUACAUUUCUCUUCUCUUUUGUUUCUUUUUUUUUUGUUUUUUUAUGGCGUUCUUAAUGGGGUUUGAUUUUUAUUGCUUCUUUGGUGUUUUUCUGGUGUAUUCUGCGGAAGUGGAGAAAGAUGACUUGGAUGGACCUAAAGAUCUCGGUCGAUGUUGCAAGGUCAGUACGAUUCCUUGUCAUUCUUCUUAUGCUUUCUAUAUAGGGGUUUCUGUGGUGUAUGUGGAAUUACGUGUCGGUCAUGGCUGGAGGUUGGUUUGGGUUAUAUUGAGAUUGAGAUCUUUGUGCUUUUUGACUUAAUAUUUUUCCUUUUUGUACAUUGUUAAUAGAACUAACUAUUGUCUAUUGAGAUAUACUCUUGAGCUUUCAAUACCUUAUACUACCUGCUUGUGUAUGAAAAUGAAAAAAACCAAUUGUAAUUUGGGGGAACAGUGAGGAAGAUGGUAAUGAUUUUACUAGGUGGUGCUGGUUUUGUUUUUUGGAGAAUUUGAAGAAGGCCAACUGACUUGGGUUUAGAAUUAUUUAGGAGUUUGUUGGGAGUGUUUCCAGAAUGUGACUUUUUAGUGUUGUGUUCAAUUUUAAAAGGUGUUUGAAACAUAUUUAUUCAUGGUGAAGAUGAAGAUUUAAAUGUUCUAAUGUGAAUGCUUGUUGUUUUUGUGUAGGCUAUUUUUCCUCGCAUAUUUGGCCGAGGCAUCAUUUAUCAUUUUGUUUCCUUGUAUCUAAUUUUAAUAAUAUGUUUGUGGUUAUUGUGGUAAAGUGCUAGUAUGGAUGUUUCAUGUUUAAGAAGUUUGAUACUUGUAUAUAUUUUAUGUGUUUGAACAUAAUAUGCUCAGGAUGUUUCAUGUAAACCUGAAGAAUAUUAUGUUACAACUCGCAAAUGUGAGUCGAAUGCUAGUGCGAGAGUGGUACAAAUAUGUGAAAGGUAACAUAAGCCAGUCUUUUUAACCUCCACACAACCCCAAAGAUAUUUGAUUUACAAUAAAUUUGUUUGAUGUUUUCUUAUAGGUUAAGAGAUGAAAGUGGACAUAUAAUUAUGAGCACUCAAGUACCAAUUUGAGAAAAGCUUCUAUUGUCUUGACUUCCUUUGGUUAUAUUAACUUGAUCUUCAGUCUUCACAUUCAUUUUGAUCUUGUUAUUGAUUCAUUCUUCUUUGUCUCUUGUUAAAUCUGUUUAGCCUAUAUGUUGUCCUUGUGGGGCAAAGCGUCGAACAGUGGAAGUGUCCAUGGGUCCUGAAAAUAGAACAGUGUUGUCAAAUGAUAACUUCUUACGGGCUAAUCUUAAUCUUCAUUCCAGCACUGUUUGAGCUCUCUAGCGUCCUUCGAGCUUCGUUCUACACCGUUUGAGUUGUGUUCAAACGUCGUUGAAGUAGAGAUUUUUUUUUUCAUUUAUGGAUGCUUUUCAUUCCAAUUGACAUCACAUUCUCCCGUCUUGGUGGAGAUAAAGUUGGAAUGGGACAGGGCUUAGCUAAAACACGAGCAGCAGAAGCUGAACUUAUGGAGUUAGAGCUCGAGAAAGAUAGACCAUUUGCACGGUCACACCCAGGAGGUGCUGUUAAUCAAAUUCCAGAAAGAUAUACCAUUGCUGGAGAUGUAAGGUGGAAUGAUGUCGUUGAUGGUGAAGUCUAAUACAGAAGAUUCUGUCUUGUGUGAAGUUAUUGAUGGAGGAGAGCUUAAGUCCAAGAGACAUUUAAAUGUUCGAGGGAAAAGUGCUACACUGCCUUCAAUUACUGGUUGGAUUGAAUAAGCAUAUCCUAUAGAUUUCACCUUUUAAUGAAGUUUCCUCUUUUUGGGAUAUAUAUAUAGAUGUGAUAAUUUGUUGAUAUACUUGGAUAUAGCUAGGUGAAUUAGUUUAGUUGAUACACCUAUAGUUAAGCUACACAUAGAUGAAAAGUUUAAGUUGUUGUAGCCUAACUUACAUGUAUGUAUAUGGUUCAUUGAUAUAUGUUAAAAUAUUAUUAGUCAUUUGAUGGAAAAAGUUUAGUUUAUUCAAUUAUUCAA